UGUAGAGGAGAGGUCAGUUCAUCAGUUUACUUUCAUCAAAAGUAACUUAGCUCUCCGUAAAGAUUUCUGGACACCAACGACUAGCCAGGUUAGUCAACACAAAGAAAGAAAGAAAACCAAAACAGUUUGAUGAAAAGCCGACUGAUAGGAGAUGUGUGCUGCUGUGUAUGUCCUGUCGACUGUAACGGGCUAUGUGCUCACCUCUGCCCUGCUGCUGAAAUGCCCAAAUCUUUUGUACCGGAAGAAGCGAGAGACUUUUAUCAGCAGGCACAUUUCCCAUCGUGGAGGAGCAGGUGAAAACCUGGAAAACACCAUGGCAGCUUUCAAGCACGCUGUGGAUCUUGGCACAGACAUGCUGGAGUUGGACUGCCACCUGACGAAAGAUGAACAGAUAGUGGUGUCCCACGAUGCCAGCUUGCAGAGGGUCUCUGGCAUCAACUCCCUCAUCUCUGACAUGUCCUACGCUGAGCUCCCUCCAUACCUCUGCAAGCUGGGUGUAACUUUUCAGAGAGAGUAUUUCUGUGAGGGGGGUGAGGACAAACGCAUCCCUCUCCUCAGGGACGUUUUUGAUGCAUUUCCCAAUACUCCUGUCAACAUUGACAUCAAGGUCAACAACGACAUGCUCAUCAAGAAGGUAUCUGAGCUGGUUGUUAAGUAUGACAGAGAGCAUCUGACUGUCUGGGGCAACGCCAGCAACCAGAUUGUAAAGAAGUGUUACAAAGAGAACCCGCAAAUUCCAAUUUUGUUCAGCCUUCCCAGAGUAUUGCAGCUGUUAGGUCUCUUCUACACCGGCCUACUGCCCUUCGUUCCCCUCAAGGAGCAGUUUCUGGAGAUCCCCAUGCCCUCUAUUCUCACCAAACUAAAGGAUCCCAACAGAUUAUCUAGGAGUCAGCGAUUCAUCACCUGGCUGGCAGACACUUUGCUGAUGAGGAAAGCUCUGUUUGAGCAUCUAACUGCCAGGGGAAUACAGGUGUACGUUUGGGUGCUCAACGACGAGGAGGACUUCCAAAGGGCAUUUGACUUGGGAGCCACGGGAGUUAUGACAGAUUUUCCCACCAGGCUUAAAGUCUUCUUGGACAGGAAUGGCAUUUCAAAGCCCUAGUGACCUGAACCCCCCACACACCACACACACACACACACACACACCAGUGCUUAUCCUUCAACCUGACUGACCUGCCAAACCA